ACGACUAAACAACAUGGAAACACGCUGCUGUCGAUCGUACCCAUGGUCGAACGUAUCUAUUCUAGUCAGCAGUUUUGGUCUCCACUUUGUAACGAUAGGGAUGGUUACGUCGUUUGGUGUCAUGUACAGUGAAUUACGGUAUCAAUAUCACUCUGGUGCUGCUGCAACAAGCUGGAUAGCCUCCCUUAGCUCCGGUCUGCUUCUCUCCUUUGGGCCUGUGGCAGGUAUAUUGGAGAAGCGGUUUGGUUGCCGAGUGGUUGCUAUGGUUGGCUCGGCCCUGAUAGGUGUGGGUAUGGUAGCCAGCGCCUUUGUCCCUUCCCUCUACUGGUUGUAUUUUACUUAUGGCGUUAUUACAGGUAUUGGCUUUGGUAUGGGGCACCUGGUGGCAAACGUGACAGUGAAUCUAAAGUUUGACAAACGUCGUUCGAUGGCGUUAGCGAUAGCGUCAAGCGGAGGCGCGUGUGGAAACAUCGUGAUACCUUGGCUCACCACCAUGUGGCUGGAGGUUUACGGCUGGCGCCAGACAUUCCUCCUGCUGGCCGGUAUCGGAAUACAAGGAAUCGUUUUUGCCGCCAUCAUUUUUAACGUUCGCACAAGCAAUGAAUCACAUAAACAUCACCAUAGUCCAGAGCAUAAGACACUCGGAGCAGAAGUGACAGCAGUGCUGAAGACAAAAGCGUUCCUGGUGUUCUCUUUAUCGGGGUUUUGUACUGCUAUGGCCUACUUUGUGCCCUUUGUGAUGAUCCCAGAGUUGGCGAAGGAGAAGGGAGUAUCGUCGACGGAUGUAGCUCUGUUAUUCACCGUAACUGGAGUAUCCAGUAUUUUAGGUAGAAUUUUGGUCGGUGUUAUCAUAGAAAUUGCACAAACAAACCGAAUGUGGACUUUGGCUCUCGCAUUGCUAAUUGGCGGUGUUUCCACGAUCGGCUGUGCGUUUAUAUAUGACAAGUGGCUUUUCAUUGCGUACGGCGUCAUUUUAGGAGUUUUCACAGGUAAAUAA